AUGGAAAAUCAAGGUGGAGAUUACAGCCCAAAUGGGUUUUCAAACUCAGCAAGCAAUAUGAAUGCGGUUUUUAACAAUGAAAUCACCGGUAGAAGUGACAUUUCAAAUGUAAACCAUCAAACUGGUACCCCACGUCUGGUUCCUGAAACUCAAAUAUGGUCGAUGCCUGUGCCAGAUCAACUGAUGACGAUGCCUAACAGAGAAAACACCCUUAUGACAGGUAGUACAAUAGGUCCAAAUAUCCCCAUGAAUGUGGCUUAUCCCAAUACAAUAUACUCGCCAACAGAGCAUCAGUCGCAAUUUCAGACACAACAGAACCGUGACAUCAGCACGAUGAUGGAACACACUAACAGUAAUGAUAUGAGCGGCUCUGGUAAAAAUCUCAAGAAACGUGUAUCAAAGGCCUGUGACCAUUGCCGAAAAAGAAAAAUCAGAUGUGAUGAAGUGGACCAGCAGACCAAAAAAUGUUCAAACUGUAUUAAGUUUCAGUUGCCUUGCACUUUCAAACAUCGUGAUGAGAUUCUUAAGAAGAAAAGAAAAUUAGAAAUCAAACAUCAUGCAACACCAGGGGAAUCACUUCAAACCUCAAAUAGUAUUAGCAAUCCUGUAGCGUCUUCUUCAGUACCGAACAGUGGAAGGUUUGAACUUUUAAACGGUAAUUCCCCCUUAGAAAGCAAUAUCAUCGAUAAAGUCUCCAAUAUUCAAAAUAAUCUUAACAAAAAAAUGAAUUCAAAGAUUGAAAAAUUGGAUAGAAAAAUGUCUUACAUUAUUGACAGUGUGGCUAGACUUGAGUGGUUAUUGGACAAGGCUGUUAAAAAGCAGGAAGGCAAAUACAAGGAAAAGAACAAUUUGCCCAAACCAGCGAGAAAAAUAUACUCUACGGCACUUUUAACUGCUCAAAAACUCUAUUGGUUCAAACAAAGUUUAGGAGUGAAAGCGUCCAAUGAGGAGUUUCUUUCUCCAAUCAGCGAAAUAUUAAGCAUAUCUUUAAAAUGGUAUGCAACUCAAAUGAAAAAAUUUAUGGAUUUGUCAUCUCCGGCUUUCUUCUCCAGCGAAAUAAUAUUAUACUCAUUACCUCCGAAAAAGCAAGCAAAGAGACUUCUUGAGAAUUUUCAUGCUACCUUAUUAUCCUCUGUAACUGGUAUAAUAUCGUUAAAAGAAUGUCUAGACUUAGCAGAAAAGUACUACAGCGAAAGCGGCGAAAAACUCACAUAUCCUGAACAUUUAUUAUUAAACGUGUGUCUCUGCUCGGGUGCAUCUGCCACUCAAUCAAUUAUAAGAGGUGAUUCAAAGUUUCUAAGGAAAGAUAGAUAUGAUCCAACCUCCCAAGAGUUAAAAAAAAUCGAAAACGUUGCCUUACUAAAUGCCAUGUAUUAUUAUCAUAAGCUGUCCACCAUCUGUUCAGGUACAAGAACACUACAAGCUUUAUUACUACUGAACCGAUAUUUUCAACUUACCUACGAUACUGAACUAGCAAAUUGUAUUUUAGGAACCGCGAUUAGAUUGGCGGUUGACAUGGAAUUAAAUAGAAAAUCCUCUUACAAGUCACUAGACUUUGAAGAAGCCAUAAGGAGAAGAAGAAUGUGGUGGCAUUGUUUUUGUACAGAUAAACUAUAUUCUUUAAUGUUAUCCAGACCCCCUAUUGUGGGGGAACGCGAUAUGGAUAUGCUAACAGAUCAAAAUUAUUAUGAAGUGAUAAAAACUAAUAUUCUACCUGAUCUUAUUGAUAAAAAGGAAGAUCUCGAUAAAAUUACUGAUGUCAACUCUGCAUUGAAUGUAGUUGUAAAUUUUUGUCAGCACAUAUCCCUUUUCAUAUCAUAUUAUGUUUCAAAAUUGGUUAGUAUUGAGAGUAAAAUAUACUCUACUUGUUUUGCUGUCAGAAGUACUCUAGAUCUUUCAUUCGAUGCCAUGCUUGAUAAAAUCAAAGAUCUCAAUGAUUCUUUGAACAAUUGGAGAGACAACUUGCACGUAAGUAUGAAACUAAAAAGUUAUAAACAGUAUUUAUCGGUACUUUACGCUCAAAAAUCCCAAGAAAAUCCGGCUUUAAGUUUUGAGAUUGCAUGCUCUCGUGUUUUGAAUUGUCAUUUUAGGGCGCUAUAUUCUAAAGUGAUUUUGAGCAUGAUGACUACAUCCUUAUUGAUUGAUAACGAACGCCUAUACAAAGGUUCUCGCCAUGAUAUUCCUCAGCUAUUCAUUCUUUUUUCAAGUCAAUACUUAAACGCCAGUAAAGAAAUGUUACAGCUGUUUCAAGGCAUCAAUUACCAGGCGCAUAUGUAUAACGAGGUUAUGUAUCAGUUCUCUACUGCUAUGUUUGUUCUCUUCUUUUACGUUGUGGAUAAUAUGAACGAUCUAAAAAAGAAAGGUGAGGUAAAAGAGAUCAUCGAUAUCCUAAAAAAAUCUUAUGAUCGAUUAGUGGGAGAAAAUGAUGAGCAGUUACUGUUUGACAAUGUCAAAUGGAACACUUUGAUUGUGUUCUACAGCCACUUUUUGAAAUACGUUUUGCAACGUUAUCAUGCUUUGAACGAUUCUACGUCAAUAUUUGAUUCUAAACCUUAUGAUGAAACGAUAACGAAAGUUAUUAUGCAUUCAAGAAAGAUAAAAGAUGAAACAGUCGAUCAACUAAUUAUGAGUCUAAAAUCAUAUGGUUCUCUCCAUUCUUUACAAAAGGGCAACGAAGCCGAUCUCGCCGAUGAUGGACUGAAUACGAAUGAUAUUUCUUCAGAAGACUUUGCGGAGGAAGCACCAAUAAACUUAUUUGGAGAGUUAUCAGUCGAAAUUUUAAAACUAUUAAAAUCUCACUCCCCCAUCUCAAAUUUUGGAGACCUAUCGCCAUCUUCAAAUAGGAAAGGAAUAUCUGAUGACUCAUCUUUGUACCCAAUUCGUUCGGACCUAACAUCUCUUGUUUAUCCCAUCCAUAGUUCUGAUACCGGAGAUACUCUUUCCAGUGGUCUAGAGACCCCUGAAAAUUCUAAUUUUAAUAGUGACAGUGGAAUAAAGGAAGAUUUCGAAGCUUUUAGAGCCUUAUUGCCUUUAGGAAAAUUGAUCUAUGACAGAGAUUAUUCUUUCGUGAACACUUUUAGGGAUUAUGAAUAA